CUCUUUCAUUUUUGUUUCUGUGUCUGCCUAAGCUUUUCCAAAUUCUCUGAAGCAGAACCGCCCCAGCUUGAAGAACCAGUACAUCGAAUCAACUCCACCUUCAGUUUCAGGUAAAAAUGGUUUCAUUAAGAGAAGUCACAGAGCAACGAGGUAACCAGGGCAGAGAAGGGGAAGAGGAAGGGGACCUGCCCGCCGGAUUCAAGUUCAAGGCUGCACUUCACCACGAAGUAGCAGAUUGUGCGCCCUCCAUAAGUGGGUAUAAAAGGCUGGAGGAGAUGGUGAGGGCGUACCACAUCCCCCAGACCAUACUGCUGCGGACGGGCGGGCAGAACGAAAGGGCCUGCACAAUGUCACCGACGGGCUGGAUACCAGUGUAUGCGGACCACUUCGAUGCCGGACUGCGGUUUCCUCUGCCCGGCUUGAUAUUCGAUCUGCUCGCAGAAUACGAGCUGGCGUUGACGCAACUAACGCCCAACAGCAUAAGGUUCAUUAUUGGCUUUAUGCUGUUGUGUGCGCGACUAGAGGUACCAGCCAAAGCGAUAGUGUUCAGAUCGCUAUUCCAGUGCCGGCUGUGUCCGAACUCACAAGGAGCGAGGUGGUACUACCUCUCUGGGAGGGACAAGAGCCAGCUCUUCAAAAAUGUGAGGAACAAGGUGGCGAGGUGGAAGAAGCAGUUUAUUUUUGUUCGUGACACGCGAACAGAAAGGAUAAGCAAUGACCUCGCUGCCCGGCUGUCUGAGUGGCGCACACCAAACGCCCACAUCAACUACCCCCAGCUACUGCCCCGGGAUGUCGAUCUGAAGAACCAACUGCUUAAGUAUGCGCAGGGGGAGGGUCUCAUAGAUUUGGAAGCCCUGGUUACCUCGGAGCAGCUCGCCCUGUUCGGGUUUAUCGAUGUGACAAACCUGUUCAGCGAAGGAGAAAUGAGCAGCAUCCUAGAGCGCCAACGACAACGUGCCCAAGCCUCGCGAGGUCGCGGGGGUAGCAGCGGGCAACCCAGGCAGACGCGAUUUGACGAGCGGCCACCCCCAGCGCCUCAGUCACCUCCGGGCGCGCGCAGACUUGCACGCGAGGAGACGGAGAGCGAAGAGGAUGAGGUUCCUCUUACUAGGCGCAUAAGGAGUGGGGAGACUCAGCCCGCACAGGCGGCUCGCCUUGUGACCGUGCGUUCUCCAAACGCACCGUCAGCGACCGUGCGGGCAGCAGCGGAGCCCGCCUAGGCGCCGUCUUCAUCCUCGGGCCCCAGGAUUGCUUAUCCUGAGGGUUUCAGCUAUACGCGGGCGCAGUGCCAGGUC